GGUGUGGUGGUGCGCGCCUGUAAUCCCAGCUACUCGGGACGCUGAGGCAGGAGAAUCAGUUGAACCCGGGAGGCGGAGGUUGUAGUGAGCCGAGAUUGUGCCACUGCACUCCAGCCUGGAUGACAGAGUAAGACUCCAUCUCAAAAAAAACAAAAACAAAAAAACAAAACCAAACCCUGGGCCCCACUGCCCAGGGACCAAUCACCUCUCAUGGGUGGGGCCCAGGAGCCUGGGAGUUGAAAAGCGGGUGUUAGCAGCAGCUGAGCUACCUGCAGUCCUGGCCUCACAGGUGGGCGGAGCAAACUCUGGAGCUGGAAGGGACAGGUGUGACAACAACUUUUCCGCAGCUCAUGGACUGGAACCUGGGAUCUUCCCAGCAAACAACCCUCCACCCAUCCCAGCUCUGCCUUUUGGGGGCUUCAAGUCUCUUGCAUUAUUAUUGUUUUAAUAAUUUCAACUUUUAGGCUGGGCGUGGUGACUCACACCUGUCAUCCCAGCACUUUGGGAGGCCGUGGCAGGGGGAUCAUUUGAGGUCAGGAGUUUGAGACCAGCCUGGCCAAACGGGGAAACCCUGUCUCUACUAAAAAUACAAACAUUAGCCAGACGUGGUGGUGGGCACCUGUAGGCUCAGCUCCCUGGGAGGCUGAGACAGAACAAUUGCUUGAAUUCUGGAGGCGGAAGCUGCAGUGAGCCGUGAUCACACCACUGCACUCCCGUCUGGGCGACAGUGAGACUCUGUCUCAAAAAUAAUAAUUUUAACUUCUAAGUUGAGAUUUGGGGUACAUGUGCGACUUUAUUACAAAGGUAUAUUGCAUGAUGCUGAGGUUUCGGGUACAGUUGAUCUUGUCACCCAGGUAGUGAGCAUAGCAGCCAAUAAGUAUCUUUGGAGCCCCCCCUUUUCCCUCUCUCCCUGCCUUUGGAGACCUUGGUGUCAGUCAUUCCCAUCUUUAUGUCCUUGAGUACCCAACGUUUAACUCCCUCUUACAGGUGAGAACAUGCGGAAUUCGUUUUUCUGUUCCUGUGUUAAUUUGCUUAGGAUAAUGGCCUCCAGCCACAUCCGUGUUGCUGCAGAGGACAUGGUCUUGCUCUUUUUCAUGGCUGCAUGGUAUUCCACAGCGUGCAUGCGCCACACUUUCUUCAUCUGUCCUACUGUUGACGGGCACCUGGGCUGAUCCCAUGUCUUUGCUACCUCGAAUCGUGCUGCAGUGAACAGAUGUGUCUCUCACCUUUUUAAGGGAAAUUGACUUUUUGAACCCAAAGGAUGUACAUUUGGGACAUUUCUCUUCCUCGUAAGUGUCUGUGUUUUUUGGCUGCUUAGAGAGGCGUCUGGCCUCCUGUUCCUGUCGCUCGCUGCGUUGCGGGGUGACCAGCCAUCCUAAGUGGCCUGGGACUAAGGGAUUUUCCAAGAGACAGAACUUUCUGUCUAAACCCAGGAAGGUUGAGCUGGGCCCGGUCGGCUGUGUGUCAGCAAUGCAUGUGAGCAGCUGGUCUGUCCCCUGCGUCGCUGUGAAUGUCGGAAGCACAGUCCUCCUGCUGCGUGGUGACAGCAAGGACUUGUCUGGAGACAACAGCCUUCUUCCCUGCUGUGCACUGGCUGGGCCUGGGGCAAGUGCCUUUCUCGUCUCUAAAACAGAUGACACUGGAGGAGGACCAUAGCUCAUGUGGGCCAAUGCUGCCAUCAGAAUUUUUACUUCUUUUUUUUUUGAGAUGGAGUCUCACUCUCGUCACUCAGGCUGGAGUGCAGUGGCACAGUCUCAGCACACUGUAACCUCUGCCUGCCGGGUUCAAGCAAUUCUCCUGCCUCGGCCUCCCAAGUAGCUGGGACUACAGGUGCACACCACCAUGGCUGGCUAAUUUUUUGUAUUUUCAGUAGAGAUGGGGUUUCACCAUACUGGCCAUGCUGGUCUCGACCUCCUGACCUCAUGAUCCACCUGCGUUGGCCUCCCAAAGUGCUGGGAUUACAGGUGUGAGCCACUGUACCCUGCCUACUUUUAAAAAUCUUUUUAAUGGAAUGUCACUCUGUUGCCCAGGCUGGAAUAUAGUGGCGCCAUCUCGGCUCACUGCAACAUCCGCCUCCUGGGUUCCAGUGAUUCUCCUGCCUCAGCCUCCCAAGUAGCUGCGAUUACAGGUGCGUGCCACCAUGCCCGGCUAGUUUUUGUAUUUUUAGGAGAGUCCAGGUUUCACCAUGUUGUCCAGGCCAGUCUCGAACUCCUGACCUCAAGUGAUGUGCCUGUUUCACCCUCUCAAAGCGCUGGGAUUACAGACGUGAGCCACCGCCCCCAGCCCUGCUAUCAGAAUUUUUAUUUGUUAUUUAAGAGACAGGGUCUUGCUCUGUCGCCCAGGCUGGAGUACGAUGGCACCAUCAUAGCUCACUACAGCCUCGAGCUCCUUGGCUCAAGUAAUCCCCCCAUGUCGGCCUCCCAGGGUGCUGGGACUGUAAGCCUAAGCGUCCGCACCCAGCCUCUGCCUUCAUUUUCUGUUUGGAACCAUUCCCAUUUUACAGAUGAAAAAACUCAGGGUUUCAGGGCUCACCUGACGUGGUCCUAGCUGACCUGGGCCCAGGUCUCAUCUUCCCCUCUUCUCCCCCGCUGCAUUCUUGCUCCAGGCAUAUGGAAUCUGCCUCUCCCUCCACCUGAGGCCCUGAACAUUUGCAAGGAGUGGCUGUCUCUCUUCAUAUUCCCCAGGUGACCAUGGCCUUGCUGGGCAAGCGCUGUGACGUCCCCGCCAACGGCUGCGGGCCCGACCGCUGGAACUCCGCCUUCACCCGCAAAGACGAGAUUAUCACCAGCCUCGUGUCUGCCUUAGACUCCAUGUGCUCAGCGCUGUCCAAACUGAACGCCGAGGUGGCCUGUGUGGCUGUGCACGAUGAGAGCGCCUUCGUGGUGGGCACGGAGAAGGGGAGAAUGUUCCUGAAUGCCCGGAAGGAGCUACAGUCAGACUUCCUCAGGUUCUGCCGAGGGCCCCCGUGGAAGGAUCCAGAGGCAGAGCACCCCAAGAAGGUGCAGCGGUGCGAGGGCGGCGGCCGGAGCCUUCCACGGUCCUCGCUGGAGCACGGCUCAGAUGUGUACCUUCUGCGGAAGAUGGUAGAGGAGGUGUUUGAUGUUCUUUAUAGCGAGGCCCUGGGAAGGGCCAGUGUGGUGCCGCUGCCCUAUGAGCGGCUGCUCAGGGAGCCGGGGCUGCUGGCCGUGCAGGGUCUGCCCGAGGGCCUGGCCUUCCGGAGGCCGGCCGAGUACGACCCCAAGGCCCUCAUGGCCAUCCUGGAACACAGCCACCGCAUCCGCUUCAAGCUCAAGAGGCCACUUGAGGAUGGCGGGCGGGACUCGAAGGCCCUGGUGGAGCUGAACGGUGUCUCCCUGAUACCCAAGGGGUCACGGGACUGUGGCCUGCAUGGCCAGGCCCCCAAGGUGCCACCCCAGGACCUUCCCCCCACUGCCACCUCCUCCUCCGUGGCCAGCUUCCUGUACAGCACAGCGCUCCCCAACCACGCCAUCCGAGAGCUCAAGCAGGAACCGCCUUCCUACCCCCUUGUCCCCAGCGACUUGGGCCUGGGCCGGCCCGUGCCAGAGCCCAAGGCUGCCAGUGCCCAAGAUUUCUCCGACUGUUGUGGACAGAAGCCCCCGGGGCCUGGCGGGCCUCUCAUCCAGAACGUCCAUGCCUCCAAGCGCAUUCUCUUCUCCAUCGUCCAUGACAAGUCAGAGAAGUGGGACGCCUUCAUAAAGGAAACCGAAGACAUCAACACGCUCCGGGAGUGUGUGCAGAUCCUGUUUAACAGCAGAUAUGCGGAAGCCCUGGGCCUGGACCACAUGGUCCCCGUGCCCUACCGGAAGAUCGCCUGCGACCCGGAGGCUGUGGAGAUCGUGGGGAUCCCCGACAAGAUCCCCUUCAAGCGCCCCUGUACUUAUGGAGUCCCCAAGCUGAAGCGGAUUCUGGAGGAGCGGCACAGCAUCCACUUCAUCAUUAAGAGGAUGUUUGAUGAGCGAAUUUUCACAGGGAACAAGUUUACCAAAGACACCACGAAGCUGGAGCCAGCCAGCCCGCCGGAGGACACCUCUGCAGAGGUCUCUAGGGCCAGCAUCCUUGACAUGGCCGGGAAUGCUCGGUCAGACAAGGGCAGCAUGUCUGAAGACUUCGGGCCAGGAACCUCUGGGGAGCUGGGCGGGCUGAGGCCGAUCAAAAUUGAGCCAGAGGAUCUGGACAUCAUUCAGGUCACCAUCCCAGACCCCUCGCCCACCUCUGAGGAAAUGACAGCCUCGAUGCCUGGGCAGCUGCCGUCCGAGGAUUCUGGUUAUGGGAUGGAGAUGCUGGCAGACAAAGGCCUCAGUGAGGACCCGCGGCCCGAGGAAAGGCCCGUGGAGGACAGCCAUGGUGACAUGAUCCGUCCCCUGCGGAAGCAGGUGGAGCUGCUCUUCAACACGCGAUACGCCAAGGCCAUUGGCAUCUCGGAGCCCGUCAAGGUGCCCUACUCCAAGUUUCUGAUGCACCCAGAGGAGCUGUUUGUGGUGGGGCUGCCUGAAGGCAUCUCCCUCCGCAGGCCCAACUGCUUCGGGAUCGCCAAGCUCCGGAAGAUUCUGGAGGCCAGCAACAGCAUCCAGUUUGUCAUCAAGAGGCCCGAGCUGCUCACUGAUGGAGUCAAAGAGCCCAUCGUGGAUAGUCAAGGAACUGCCACCUCACUUGGCUUCUCUCCCCCUGCCCUGCCUCCAGAGAGGGACUCCGGGGACCCUCUCGUGGACGACAGCCUGAAGAGACAGGGCUUUCAAGAAAAUUACGACGCGAGGCUCUCGCGGAUCGACAUCGCCAACACGCUGAGGGAGCAGGUCCAGGACCUUUUCAACAAGAAAUACGGGGAAGCUUUGGGCAUCAAGUACCCGGUCCAGGUGCCCUACAAGCGGAUCAAGAGUAACCCUGGCUCUGUGAUCAUUGAGGGGCUGCCCCCAGGAAUCCCGUUCCGAAAGCCCUGCACCUUCGGCUCCCAGAACCUGGAGAGGAUUCUUGCCGUGGCCGACAAGAUCAAGUUCACAGUCACCAGGCCUUUCCAAGGACUCAUCCCAAAGCCUGAUGAAGAUGAUGCUAACAGACUCGGCGAGAAGGUGAUCCUGCGGGAGCAGGUGAAAGAACUCUUCAACGAGAAAUACGGUGAGGCCCUGGGCCUGAACCGGCCGGUGCUGGUCCCUUAUAAACUGAUCCGGGACAGCCCAGACGCCGUGGAGGUCACAGGCCUGCCUGACGACAUCCCCUUCCGGAACCCCAACACCUAUGACAUCCACCGGCUGGAGAAGAUCCUCAAGGCCCGAGAGCAUGUCCGCAUGGUCAUCAUCAACCAGCUCCAACCCUUUGCAGAAGUCAGCAAUGAUGCCAAGGGGCCAG